CUUCCGUGAUGUUCAUUAGAUUCAAAGGAGGCAAUGUUUCUCUCCGCUCAGCUGCGACGACGGACUCUAUCUGCUUUGGACCUCUCGCCAUUUUUAUCUGCCAUCCGAAGGGAAUAACACACACAUUUACCAAUCAUAAGGCGUGUCUUUACGGCCAGCCAGCUUUCCAGGAUGAUAGAAAUGGAGAUGAUGCAUUCCAGUCAACAGGACAUGGAUCUGAUCGACAUCUUGUGGAAGCAGGACAUUGAUCUCGGCGCCAGGCGUGAGGUGUUUGACUACAACCACCGUCAGAAAGAACACGAGCUGCGGAGGCAGCGGGAGCUAGAGGAAGAGAAGAGGCAGCAUCUGGACCGGGAGCAGGAGAAGGCCCUGCUGGCACAGCUACAGCUCGACGAGGAAACGGGAGAGUACAUGCCCCGCCUGCCACCCAGCACCCCACUGCAGUCGGUCGUCACACCUCUAGAGGUUACACAGGAUGUCAGCUUCACAGAAGAGAACGAUGAUGCCAUGUCAUUUGACGAAUGUCUGCAGCUACUGGCUGAGACAUUUCCUGUAGAGGAAGCUGAGAACACCUCCGUUUGCCUGGACACAACUGCUGUUUCAGCACCCAUGAUGUCCCCCGAGCAGCCGUCUCUGCCGCCAGUCACCCUCUCCCCAGGUCCACUACCACCAUCACCACCACCACAGAGGAUGUCCCCAGAUUUGGAGCAGGCCUGGAUGGAGCUUUUGUCCCUCCCUGAGCUGCAGGAAUGCCUGAGCAUGCAAAUGGAAGACACACUGGAGACCACAACUUAUCCUCUUCCAAACAGCCCUGAAGUGCAGAAUCCAAACUACACCUUUUACCCCAUGAAUCACACAGACGGGGAAACAAGCACUUUAGAUGUUUGUCCUGCACCGUUUAUGAAUACAUUCGAUGGCUCUGUUCCCAGCAUGGUCCCACCAGACAAUCCCAGCCAGAUGAAGGAGAAAGCUCCUCAGUUAAACGCUAACUUCACCGCAGAAAGUUUCUGCGACAUGUUUUACCCCAACGCCGUUCUGGAAGAAAGCAGUGGCCUUGAAGGAAAUGGAAGUAACGCCGUGUCUGAUAUCCCAAACAAGCUUCCCUUCACACCAGUGGACCUUUACAGCCUCUCGUCUGGAGAUGCGUUUGACAGAGGAAAACAUAAUCUGAUGGCAGAAAUGCCAGACUCAGAUUCAGGAAUCUCUUCAAACACGAGCCCAACCGCUAGUUCACCUGGGAAGUCUUUGCAUGGAGACGAGUCCUUUGGUUACAGCGAUUCAGACAUGGAGGAGAUGGACAACAACCCCGGCAGUGUUGAAUCUGACUACACUGACAUGUUCUCACUAAAUUUCCAACCUGAUCAUAUUCAGUCGGCAAUUUAUAUAUCUGCAGCGACAGGGCAGCCACAGCAGCAGCAGGAAAAGAAUCCCAAACAAUACAAGACCGACCCGGCAGAGGAGAACGGCCACAACAGCACCCCCUUCACCAAAGACAAGCAGAAGAAACGCUCGGAAAAGCGUCUCUCCAGAGACGAGCAGAGGGCCAAGGCCCUCAAAAUCCCGUUCACCGUUGACAUGAUUAUCAAUCUGCCUGUUGACGACUUCAACGAGAUGAUGUCGAAGCACCAACUGAACGAGGCCCAGCUGGCCCUGGUCAGAGACAUACGCCGCCGCGGCAAGAACAAGGUGGCUGCCCAGAACUGCCGCAAACGCAAGAUGGAGAACAUAGUGGGUCUCGAGAGCAACCUGGACUCGCUGAAGGAUGACAAGGACCGUCUGCUGAGCGAGAAGAGCCAGAACAUCACAAACCUGAAGGAAAUGAAGAAGGAACUCAACAGCUUGUACCUGGAGGUCUUCAGCAUGUUGAGGGACGAGAAGGGGAACUCCUACUCCCCCUCCGACUACUCCCUCCAGCAGUCGACGGACGGCAGUGUCUUUCUAGUUCCUCGCAUCAAAAAGACUUUCAAGAGCGAGGACAACCUCCUAUCUCCCUUGUAAUAUGGUACUGCAUUAUCAUAGUAAUACUAUGCAAUAACUUUCUAGUUGUUCAGCUUUAAAGCAUUAGUAGCUCUGCAGAACUAUUGUAUAGUUUUUGCGCACUUCUCUUGAAUGUUGGAAUAUUUUUGAUAUUUUAGUUCUUUUGUACUCAGAUUCUUUAACCGAUAUUGUUUGUAAAUAUAAACAUUACUUUCUUAUGAGAUUACUGUAUGUGUGUAUAUAUUGUAUAUAUCAUAUUUCUGAUUGUUUCAAUCAUUGUUCCUCAUAUUUUAUAACUGUCCCUGUAUGAUUUGCUGCCCAAGCUCUUUUAUAAAAUCCUGACUUCUGUGCUUUUCAAUAAAGUAUUCCUACAGCUA